AUGACUGAUAGUUCUUCGUCAUCUAAGUUAGAUAAGCUGGGUUUGACUAUCGUAUUGGUAGUCCCUGCCUCUAACCACUACUCUAUGUUGGAUUUGGUUGGAUUGAACCCAAGCCGCAUUUUUGAAUGUCUGGUGGAAGUUGAAGCACCAGAGAAUAUUGAUUCUGUUCCAAAGAUUCUUAAAGUUCAUCCUGAAAAUUACAAAGAAACAAAGGAAGGUCCAGCAAUCUUGCAACAGAUUCCAGUAUUCUGCUUUCCAUAUGAUAUCUCUAGUUGUAACCCUGCUGGUCAGUUAUUUACAUUUGUCUGGACCAAUAUGGAGAGUAUGUUCUUAUUUGGAUUUUGUAGACAUCCACCUGGUGCCAAGACAUGUCUCUGUGUAAUAAGUUAUUUACCAUGGUAUGAAAUAUUUUAUAAAUUUCUUAACACACUCGGUGAGAUGACAUGUAAAAAGCAGUCGAUAUCUGCUGACCCUAACGUAGUUGAUACACAGUACACAGAUGUUCGGACAUUACUUGAGGCUCUUUAUAUUUACCCAGUACCUGAACCAUUAAGUGAAGUUACCAUAACAACUGAAGUUGAAGGCAUACGUUUCACGUUUACUACUCCAGAUCCAAUCAAGCUGCCAACCAUUCCAGAGAGUAGAAAUCUUACAGAGUAUUACAAUGCCAUUGAUCCAACUAUUAUGAUGACUGUAUUUGCAAGUUUAUUGUACGAACGAAGAAUUAUCGUCACAUCGAAAAAACUCAGCCUGUUGACAGCGUGUAUACCUGCGGCAGUGUCCCUCAUGUACCCGCUAAUUUGGCAGCAUUUGUACAUUCCAGUACUACCAAACAAAUUACUCGACUACUGUGGUGCUCCCAUGCCAUUUUUCGUUGGUGUACAUUCGUCUUUAAUGACAAAAGUUCGGAAGAUGAUUUCUGACCAGAAAUCAGAUAUUGUAAUUGUAGAUGUGGAUAAUAACAAAAUAGAGACUCCAUUUGAAGACUUAGAAUCCCUACCUUCUGAAAUUGUAAGUGAGAAAUGCGCCCUCACAGGCAGUAGUUCAAAAUGUGGACAUGGUGUGGAUCAGCUGUCUCUUUUAAAACACAGACUAAAAAGAACAGACAAGUUGCUGGGAGAGGGUGUGGCCAGGGCGUUCCUGAAAGCACUCGUACCGCUACUGUCAUGCUACAGAAAUGCGUUAAAACUUAAUCUUGGUGAAAAAAUUAGUUUUGAUAAAGACCUUUUUGUCCAGUCAACCAAAUCAAGUCGCUUUAGGAAUGUCUUGGAAAAUGUGACGGAGUGUCAGCAUUUUGCACAGUUUAUUGCAGGGCGCCUAGAUAUGCUGAAUAGUGGCAAGGGAUUUAAUGAUAUUUUUGAAUUGGAGUGUGAUCUUUAUGAUAAAGACAAAGAUAAAUGGAAAAACACUUACACCAAAUGGUCAAAACAAAGCUUAACUGCUAUGAAGGAAUUUGGUCGUAAGGCUAAUCCAGUUAUGCACAAUAUAUACAAACAUGUGAAUAAGCAGGUCAACGAUACAAUGCGAAAAAUGCAACCAAAGAAAGAAAAUGAAGACACCAAGAAAGGAAAAUCUAAGGGAACGGAAGAUAUUCCAACUCGUUCAAAUUGCAUGUCAUUGGAAUACUUGGAUAUCUCGCAGCCCGUUGCGCAAAGAAGUGUACCCAACUCGCCUAUCCUCAGACCCAGAUUUGAAACACUUCCUUCAAAGAGUAAGCCACCGGAUAGGCCACCACCACCAUUUGCAUUAUACUCGCAAGCAAAACCAAGAAAAAGGUCCGACCAUGUGUCACACAACCAGAAGUUUAUGUCCUCAAAGAAAGAAGAAAUUCCUUUGACUUACAACCUGAUUGCAAUUGGUGAUGAUGUUAGCACUGAGCCUGGAACCGAAGAAGAUGAUCUGAUUAUUGAUGAUAAUCUAUGUGGACAGAAAGACUGGAACUUUAUGGACGAUUUUAAUGUAUAUAUUGAAAAGCUUGACAAAGGCUUAAUGAAUGCUAACAGUGAUUCCAGUGAGGAAGAUCCUAGAACAGAAACUAAAAGUGCAAUAGAUGCCACCAGGAAUCAAUGGGAGAAAUUUGAAGACAGCUCACCAGCAACUGUAGAUAUGAAAGUACAUGCAAAAUCAUCAGAUGGGGAACUUAUUGACUUAGCUAGUCCGGUAUCCGAAUCAGUUUCUCAGAGACCAAUGCGUCCUAAAGUACCACCUCCUGUUCCUCCAAGACCAGCUAGUGUGGUAAGAAUACAGGUCACAGCAACGUCUCCUAAGUCCAAAGGUCUACCAGCUAGACCACCUCCGCCAGCUAGUGUAAAAGAUAGUACAUUUCCAAGUAGUUUUUCAAGCCCUUCGUUAUUUACAGAAACACAAAAACCCUCAGUCACGCACAGAGACUUAAGUUCCACGCAAGAACUCUUAGCAGACUAUGGCAUCAAUUUUCCGUCAGGUGAUAACGCUAGCAAUCCUACACUCACUCCCACAAUGCAACAACAACAACAACAACAGCCGCAGCCUUUGUGUUUCAGAAACAACUUACCUGAUAUCCUGAACACUAUACCUUCAGAACCAUCAAGUUGUAACACGCCUGUCCUGCAGCCGACGACAUCACCCAAGAAAGAUGCAGUGCAGCCUGGUGAAGAUGACCCAUUUGCUUUUCUAGUGAAACAAACCAGACAAUCUAUGACUCAAAGACAGCAAUGUGACGCCGACAGAGGCGUGGCUAGCAGGCAUACAGAAAUGCAUACAGGACUUUAA